UGUUGGAGUGCAUUAUUUUGCCAACAGUAUAUCCUCCUGCAAGACAUCAAGUCACAAAAAUUUGCAGGACUACUUGUAACUUACUUUUACUAGUGACAUUGUAGCAUAGAGUGUCACGUGUCAAAGGUUGUUAUUCCAACGCAGUUAAAAUAAUUAACAUAUCAGCAGGGCAAAAAAACUACGUCUGAAGGAAGAACAAUAUUAAAAAGUAGGCUACAUAGACGACAGAAGACAAUAAUGACGUGGGAAUUAUACAGCAGAGAAACUUUACGGAUCCAUUUGUUGCUGAGGUUUCUGCUCUAUUUUCACCUGGCGACCGUGGUUGGAGCCAAUGGAGACGUGGCCCAUCCUCACACCCGCUUGACUGUCACCGCCCCCCACCUUUCCUACAUCUGCGAGAAGGGUGCCAACGUCACCCUGCUCUGUGCCCAGAGAGGUGCCAAGCUGCACCCCUUGGACCGCCUGCAUCAAAGCUGGCUCUUCACCCCCCACUCAGCUGAGCAUUGCCAUGACAAGGUGCACCCCCGCGCCCACAAUCACAAGGGCAAUUAUUCCCGUGCGGCGCUUCCUUGGGGGGUACAGUACGGGUCAAGCGAAGAGUCUUUCUGGGUGCAACUGCAGCUCGUCACCGAAUCUGACCAAGGGCGCUACUGCUGCCUCUCCCUGGAUAUAAACAAUGGCAAGGUGGUGCAGAGGACGCAUAGCCACGUCUUUCUCACUAUCACACCUUGGAAAAGCGACGAGGCGAAAUGCACUCAAUUGGACAUCAAACCACCAGAAGGGUCAGUGACUGCAGGCCUGGCCACAGCUGCAUGCAUCAUGGCUAUUCUCUCUUUGCCCCUCAUCCUGGUGUUAGUGUACAAGCAAAGGCAAUCUGCCCAGUCCAGCCGACGUGCACACGAGCUGGUGAGAAUGGACAGUGAGGCUGCGGGCCAUGAGAACCCAGUGUUUCUGGGGGGUUCACCCCCGGGCCAUGCUAAGACCAGGACUGUGUCUCAAAUCAUGACCAGGCAGUCCUCAGAGACAGGCCGACACCUGCUUCUGUCCGACCCUGGCACCCCCCUAUCUCCUCCCGCACACGGAGUCGUGUUCUUCCCAGAACAGGAGCCCGUCCUAGAGUCUCCUGAUUUCCUGCAAAUGUAGAGAGAAGCAGUCAAUGGCUCCCUAACCCAGAAACUCCUUGUGGUUAGUUAUUCAUCUUCGCUCUGCCAUGUCACCCUGAAGCCUGUCUCACAACCUUCUGUGCUGGGAGAGCUCUCUCGCUGUGUACCGCAUCAUGGAUGGAUGGGAGAAGGAAGGAGGGAACAGUUUCAUCUAAAAAUAAAUGUUCCACCUGCAACAACAACUGGAGGAGGCCAAAGAGGGGGAGGGAUUUGUUCUCGACACUUGUGUUGCAGUGGGGGGCCCGCUAAGCAUGUGAUGCACCAUCUGACCACUGACGACAGCUCAAGGACCAGCAGGUGCUCCUGAUCUGAUGUCCCAGGACUGUACUGAGGGGAGUGUGGGUGCAAGGUGGGCUGUAGAGGAUACAAAGCAGCUCCUGUGGACUCUUGAUGAUAUGCUCCUCACCAUUUCCCUCGCCAUUUUCCCCAAAAGAGAUUUCCCCCAUAUAGGGCCUGUUCCCCGGACACAGAUUAAGCAUCAAUUUAGACAUUUGUUUUCCCCUAAUAUUUGUCAAACCUAUUUUCAGUGGCAAUUGACGAGACUGACUAAACAGACGUAGAAAAAAAACGAACUGAAUGAAAGUGAUUUUUCAUUUCAGUUGACUAAAAUGAGACACGACAACAUUAUCUCUGUGAUUAAAAUCGGACUCUUUAGUGGACAGGACAAUAGUUUUUGAACAAAUCUAGCACUUUUCAGUGAUAAGCACAAUUAAUAUAAGCAGGACAGAUGCAGUUCUUUUCACACACAGCCUACAUCAGCUGGUGAGCUGGGGGGGAGCAAGUGAUGAGUGUGGACAGGCUUCGCUCCAGCUCCGUCUCCGAUUAUACACAUUGCGCAGGCAACUCUUUUUGAUUUCCCGUAGCUAACCAGUCACCACCAGCCUUCUAGUCAGCUACCGUUUUCCUGGUUAAGAAACACAAGCUGCUUUACAAAAUGCAAAACAAUAGCAGCAUUGAGUUUAAUAGUAAAACUACAGUCUAGCUACGUUCUUCUCUUCCUUGAGUAGAGAAAAGUAGGCUGUUUUUAGAAUUUGUAGUCUCGCGCAACCCUCCCACCUUCCCCACUGCCUUUCAUAGGCAGGUUCUGUAGCCAAGUCUCCCUCUUUUCCUCAGAGAAAACGCUUGAUGCUAGCCCUUACUGUUCAAAAGAUAUGACCCGGGUCUAUGUUGUCUCUUUUUAUUGUGCGUUGGCGGGCUGCAUUUUAUAUUCAUAAAGAAUAUUGUGGGCCUUGCUAAAAGUAGGUUACUUGCGGACCAGACCGUUAACCAUUUGUUUAGACUACACCUUGUUCAGUCAUGUUACCUCAAUAACUAGCUAUAGCUAACAAACUGGGGCGUUCAGCAGGAUGCAACUUUUUGGAAUGUUCAGAUAGAAAUAUGCUAUGUAGAACAAACAUGCCUCUGACAUUUUGCUACUGAAUGUGGCCCUGGUACAUUACCAGUAGCCUACUGUAUAUGCAAACAUUUGGUGGCACAGAAAGAAAGGAAGAAAAGCACUGCAAAAAAUGUAUUGACUAAAUUUUUCUUGCCACGACACCUAUAUCUGACUAGGCAAAUAACUUUAUUUUGAGUUAAUGUGCUCCCAGUGACUCGAGCACUGGGACUUUGUGUGUGUGUGUGUGUGUGUGUGUGUGUGUGUGUGUGUGUGUGUGUGUGUGUGUGUGUGUGUGUGUGUGUGUGUGUGUGUGUGUGUGUGUGUGUGUGUGUGUGUGUGUGUGUGUGUGUGUGUGUGUGUGUGUGUGUGUGUGUGUGUGUGUAAUAUCUAUGUAGCCUGAAUUAGGAAUUUACGUGGCCAGAUAAUUCUUAUAUAAGUUAGUAAUUUCUGCUGUUGAGAAUAGGAUGGUAUGCAUAAAAAUAUGUUUGUAGGACAAAGCUAUAUAUGUUUGUGCACAUGGAAGUCAGUGAUUUAUGUUUAGUAUAAGUUUAAUAAGGCAAUAUAAAUGAUGUGACUAAAAUGAAAGAGCAUUUAGUUGACUAAAAUGGCCCAUUGUUUUCUUCAUUUUGACAAUAACUUGACUAAAUUAUUAAUCAAAUUAUUUUUUUACUAAGACGUAAUAUUUUUGUCAAAAUUACAAAGACUAGACUAAAUCUAAAAAAGAGGGACAAAAUUAAAUGGAGAUUCUCCAUUGAAAGUGCUUCUUAGUCCAAUAGCAUUAGCGUUAUCUGUGUCCUGGAAACUGGCCCAUAGUGUUCUAUUUAUUUCUAUGAUGUUUCCCUCUUCCUAUGACUCUGAAAUGCAUAUUCAGCACAUUUGCUUGUGCCAAAGUGAUCAGGGUAGUAAGAGGUACCCAUGGGCUGACAGUAGUUUUUUAAGGCCAUUCCCAACCAGCCUUAAACAAUUGUUUCUAAAAAUGUGUUUCUCUGAACUGUUCUAACGAGACCAAAGCCCACUUUUAUGUAUCUAAACUUCCCAUUUUUGGGUUGUUCCUCUUUCCCCUUGUAUAUAUUUCACUACCUAAAUUACUGUGUUUCUGUAACCCCCCCUCCAUCCCUUUCCUCGCUCUCAUUCCUUCCCAUACCCUUCCCUGCACUUAACAAUGUCAAAGAAAUAUUGGAGAUAUAUUGCUAUGCUGGAUGGUCUGUUUUUAAAGAGAAGUGUCAAUUUUGGCUCUACUGUAGUAGAUGGAUCUAGUAACCCAAACUCAACCAACCCAAUGCCUUCACUGCCAAGAUGACCAACGUGUCUUAUUACAUGGUGUUGUUGUGUUUACUGUUUUGUGAUAUCCUUUGGCAUAUUUUGUGCUUAUACUUGAUUUUUUGUUAUCUUUAUGUUUAUCUAUCUGUAUGUAUACAUAAGUGAAUGGAAAAGUUGUUGACCAAAGCACAGUCAGACAGAGAAGGACAGUGAAAGCAUGUUGUGAAGUCGACUAAACUGGCAUUUCAGACAUGAUGUUUAGAUUGUGUCUACGGUAGUGAUAGCCACUGGUGGUCUUUGUUUGUGUGUGUGUGUGUGUGUGUGUAAUAGCCAAACAGCUGCAGCUUUGGCAACACCAUGUGAAAUAAAGCCUUUUCCAAAAUGUUGAAAUAAAAUGCUGAUGUAAUUUUUUUCUAUAAUAAAUCGGCGCUCUUAAACCUU